AUGAAAUCCUCGAACUCCCCGGCAGAAUCUCGUCGUCUCCUUGAUUUUUUUCCGUCAAUAAGACCAUCGUUUCUUUCUGUUGUAUUAGUUUUCGUUUGCGGAUGUCUCUGGGUGAAGAAUGAAACAACAAACGAACGACUGAUCGCGCUGGAAUCUCGCCUUAACCUUUUCCCCUGCGUUCAGAGUGUCUCGACUGAAAAUACUGACAGGAUAUCUCUUUCACCGACAGAAGCUACAGCAAGAGAUCUUUAUAAGAAGGUUCAGACACAUGUAUCCGAAAGGAUCGGUUAUACAUCAGGUAAGAUCUUCACUGCAGAUGUUAUUGAGAUGCAGAUACAUGUUUAGAACUGAGUUUAUCCUCUUUUGAUUUAGGUAUAAUCUUUCAUGGUGUGAGUUUGCGCUUACAUACGGGAUCUUUGGAUAUUGCAUGAGAUAAUCAACUAACACUGUAUAAACCCUUCAGGGACACCCAACGAGAACGUAGUUUAAAACUACUUAAACAAAGCGUUGUUAAACGUAUUUUAGUAUUUAAACGGUAAAUAUAGGCAAAUUUUUAUCCCCUAAAAAUUUUUCAUCUGUUUCAUCCGAAAAUUAUAGGGAUCAAAACUUACCUUUUCGAAAAUUUCAGCCAGAUAAAAGGCUCUCGAAAAUUCUAGGUGACCUUUUAAGGGUAAAAAUCCGUUAAAAGUGGGCAAUUAUACCAUUUUUUAGAUGUUCGAAAAUCCUAGGAGAAGCAGGCAAGCAGUAAAUUUUACAACAAAUGUCCCGAAAAUUCGAGAUCUCAAAUCGUCUUCCGAACAGAUAUUUUCCGAAAAUUGUCGCUGGGUGCCCCUGACCCUUUUGCAACACUCUCGCUCUGUUGUAAUACUGCUUAGAUAUUCACUAAGCCACCUAUACUGGUAAAACAAUAAAGAAAUUUUCGGUGUAAAUGAUGUUGAAUUCAUAGUUUAAGAGUCGAACGACUUGCUCACGUGCGAGAUAUGUGGUCAAUACUCAGGAGGGUACUCUUGUAUAAUUUUAAAAGCCAUACAAUUAUGUGCCGCCACAAGGGGUGUACUUCUUGGCCCUUUUUGUUCUAAAAACGCUGGUAUAAACGUAGGUCAUUUUGUUCUGGAAUAGGGUUUGGUUUUCGAGGAACCUACUGGAGCGUAUGCAUGAACGUAGUUAUCGUUUCAGUUCCACAUGAAUAAGAACGAAAUAGAAAUACGUGAAUUCGAAAUGCAUUUGAAGAAUUUUUUGUUUGCGCUCUAAUCUAAGUAAUGAUGACACAAUUUCUGUUUAAAGGCCAGAGCUAAAAACGGGUGCGGAUUUUAGAGGACUGCAUGUUCUGAAAGCGGGUGUGGAAAAUUCAGUCUGAAAUAGCACUGUCUGAAUAAAAUUGUUAGGGUGGCGUAAAAUUUGAGAUAUUUUUUUAAAUGCCUCUAGAGCCGGUUCGGUUAAGGAGUCUUAAGGCUUGCUGGGUUACUUAAUAAAACCUUUGGUAACUUUGAUAGGGUGGCAAGAUUGAAAGUACGUUUAUUGAACGGACUCAGUUGGUUUAAAACCCGGGGGGGAGGGACUUCCUUAUAAGAGGCUACUAGGGAUGUGGCGCUGGUUAGGGCCGCAUUUUCACGGCUGGAUUGACUAUAAUGGGGUUGCAUUUUCAAUAGAAUUACUAGAAUGGGGUCGCUCAUUUUCGGAUUUUUUGUGGUAAGACAGUUCUUAUUUACGGUUAGCAAACUUACCAGAAUGUUUGUUCUGUAGAUGAAAAGUGAAGUGUUCUUCAUACAGUGUAAAAAAAAUGGGUCAAUUCAUAAAAAUAAAAAAUGACUAAGUCUGGAUCGCGAAAAAUUCAUAUUUGCUUAAAAGUGACUAAGAUAUAGGGUCUAUAAUUGAUCACAGAAUAGACUAUAAUGGGGUAGGGGCUCUUAGACGCCAGCGGCACAUACCCAGCAAAAAUUUACCCAAGUUCUCUUCCCCCGGGGUUUGAAAUGUGUGCGUAGAUCUAGAAAUCUAGAAUGUCAGCUUAGCUUUCCCUUGGAAGCAACAAGGGAAGAGGCAUGACGACAAAUUAAAAAGCUGUUAACCUUGUUGUUGAACGCAACUUCCAAAACGUUGAUUUUGUGUUAGAAAUGUCAACCUUAUCAUUCAUGUCGUUGAUUUGUUCGUUGUAUUUUCUCCCUUAUUUAUUUUUAAUAUUAAUCACUGGAUAUUAAAAAAUUUCUUGAUCUUACUUUACUGCAGUCAGCCCGUUAUCAAUAGAGGCAUCAGCAACCAUCCGGUUAAGGAAGCGAAGAAAAGUUUUGAACGACACUUCAACUGGCAUCACCAUACAUGAAGUGAGAAAAGAAAUCAGCAAACAAUUUGAACAACUUAUGCCUACCAAGUACUGUAAGUCAAGUGACAAGGUAUGUCCUGCAGGACCCCCCGGAUAUCCUGGUCCCAUUGGAGCGAGGGGACCACGUGGCAGGAGGGGACCAAAGGGAAAGAAAGGUCCUCAAGGUCCCAUGGGACCACUUGGAAAAUCCGGAAAAACAGGAAUAACUGGUCCUGCAGGACUGAGAGGAGAAAAGGGAGGUAAAGGUCGUCAAGGUCCCAUGGGACCACCUGGAAAAUCCGAAAAAAAAGGAAUAACGGGUCCUGCAGGACCGAGAGGAGAAAAGGGAAGCAAUGGGGAGGCAGGAGAGCCUGGGCCAAAAGGCAUGCCGGGACCACCUGGAAGGCCUGGAAAAUCGAUAUCUGCUCCACAAGUGAUGUUGUCGCCGGCAAAGCAGACACAAGAUGAGGGAGGAAAUACAGCAUUUUAUUGCACGGUCGCCGGAAAUCCUUCCGCAAUCGUCGAAUGGCAAUUUAACGGCACAAAGCUUCUGUCAGCUUCAAAGCAUCUGAUUAAAGAAGGAGAGUUGAUCGUUAGAAAUCUGAAUUACAGCGAUGCUGGACCGUACACAUGUGCUGCCAGGAACAUUCUUGGAUCGUCUGAGGCCACUAGCAACUUGACUGUUCGAGGUAAGAGGAGCAUUUAACUUAGAGUUUUGUUAUAUCUGGCUGCUUGAUUAUGUAGGCUUCUUUGUGCUCAGAGAGUGCGAGAAUACGAGGUUUGAAUAUAAAAAUGGCACCGCUGUUUAAUCAUUUACUUUUAUCUCUUCUUUCAUUUUUUCUUAUUUCUUAAGCACUGUAUAACGCCAAACUUUAAAUUUACUCAAUCAUACCUUAUGCUAAUGAUCAAGGCCUAGUAUAGAUUUUGCUCAUUGGCAUUAGGUUAGUAGUCACGAGAGUAGUUCAACUUUAAUCUGAGCCAUACAAACAUAAACAUAUUAAAUAAUGUUAAAGAUAAUAACACAUGACAGGAAUAUUUGGACCUUACAUGAACGCAAGGGCACACAACACCAUCCUUCUCCUUCUCCCUCUUUAGCUUAGACCACCCGGAGAGGUUACUUAGGUGAAUUUUUGCUGGAUAGGUGCCGCUGGCCUCUCAGAACUCUUACCCCAUUAUAUUCUAUGCAUGCUGGUCGAUCAUGUAUCGGCUCUAUUUCAGGUCUUCCAGUCUUCACAAAAGUUCCACCUUCACUUGCCACACCAGUUCAAGGCACUACGUUUCAAGUAACAUGUCAAGCUGAUGGAUAUCCUCGCCCCACGGUAACUUGGACUAGAGUAGGAAUGCCUUUACCUGCUGGAAAGACUAGUAUAAACCAAGGCACACUUACGAUUAGCAACUUGAGUCCUGCCGACAAUGGUUUUUACGACUGCGUAACUACUAACAUUAUGGGAACAAAGAAGAAAAGACUCAACCUAGCAGUACAAGUGCAUCGUUCAGGUUUGUAUUGAAGGCACCGUCUCACUCUGAGGCUUCUCUGUAUACACCUGCUUCAAUAAAAGGUUGCUUUGGCAAUUGGGCACUGGGCAUUUGGGCGUAAGGAACUCACUGCAAUGAAUUGCUUGGUUGUCCACCAAACAAUAGCUUCCCAGUGCGCAAUUAUAAAAUGCCCAAAGCAAGAAUCAGGUACCGUUAGAUUAAACGUUUAUUUCAGUAAUGCAAAUAAUCUUAUCCAUGCAGCUUGCGAUCUUGGUUAAACACCAGAUAAGAGUGUUCAUUAUGAAGGACAGUUUUUCGAAAGUCUAAAUUUGCUACUGCGGGAACUAUACAGCUAUACCGAAAUAUGUCGCAGGGUGAUCUUUCCGAAGACCGCUUUAUUUUAAUUUUUGUUGUUUCUUUGUUUGUCUGUUUAUUUUUCAGGCAUUCAAAAACCAUCUAAUCAUUGCUAAAGCCAGACGAGAGCUACUACCUUUGCGAGUGUAUGUUGCGCUUGCGGAAAUUGGCAACUUAAGACAAUUAUACGUGUUAACUAGAUUUUCAAUGAUCUUAAAUGCUUAAACGUCGUUAAUAACGCGCAAAUCACGUACAUGCAUGCAUACAUGCUUUCUUUAGUCUCUUGCAAUGUUACUCUUUUUCUCAAUAAAUUCAGUUGUUGUUGUAACAUUUAAAAAAAAACUUUUUACCUUGUCAUUUUAUGGACGUUGACUUUUAAUACUUAGGUUUUGAAAGCUCAGUCAUUGUGGAAAACAACAGAAAUCACUUGACCUUGUUAAGAAACUGGCUAGCACCUGUGGCAAAAAGCGUGAAUUCUCUCUGGAAGCGCUGUUGGCGUGCAUCCGUGGACGGCUGGGCUGCAAGUACAUUUCACUCACGAUGUGACAGCAAGGGCCCGACUGUGACAAUAAUAAGGGUUGGGAGAUAUAUUUUCGGAGGAUACACAAGUAUUUCAUGGGGUAAGUGAGCAUUGUAAGCCAUGGCGGUGACAUUUUUACCUUUGAGGUAAUCAGUUGGCAUUGAUAUGUUCAGCUAAAAAUGCAGCUUGGUACUUAGCAAUAUGGAAUCAUUUGACUGUACCUUUCAUACAUGGUUAAGCAGUGGCGGACAAAGGUUCUAGGUUAAUAGCUCUAGAUGUGGGCCCAUAUCCCCUUGUUCCUCAAGGGGGCCCCUCCUACACUCACAUGGCAUGACGAGCUUUGAAGCGCGAAAAAAUUUUAUGCAAAUUAGCUGGCUGCACAUUCAAUGUGCAGCCAGCUAAUUUGCAUAAGUAAUUCAAAACCAAGAUCUGACAGCUCUAGGCUCUUGAGGUGUUAGCUGAAUACCCUAGGACUUCCGUAAAUUGCCCACAAAAGAGUAACUCAAGCUACCAUAAACUGAAAUGAAAGUAACCGCAAUAUCCGAUUAAAGCAAGGUUUAAAUCUUUUUCUGCUCGGCUAACCCUCUUCCGAGACACUUACUAUUUUGGUAAUAAUAAAACGCCAUAAACAUUUUACAUUGCGCCUUUUUCAGUCUCGGGCAGUAAGUUAUAGUAUGAAAUGGAGGUAAACUCAAGAAUUUAGUUUUGUGACUGCCCUGCAACUUUGAAACUAUUUAAGCCGCUUCCUAAAAGGCCGGGAAAAUGUUUUUCGUAUACGCUACCCAGGAUACUACAGGAAUGAUUGGAGCAUUUUUACGAGUUAACUGUAGAUUUCAGGUAUACACUACCCAGGAUACUACAGGAAUGAUUAGAGCAUUUUUACGAGUUAACUGUAGAUUUCAGGUAUACGCUACCCAGGAUAUAUACUACAGGAAUGAUUAGAGCAUUUUUACGAGUUAACUGUAGAUUUCAGGUAUACACUACCCAGGAUACUACAGGAAUGAUUAGAGCAUUUUUACGAGUUAACUGUAGAUUUCAGGUAUACGCUACCCAGGAUACUACAGGAAUGAUUACAGCAUUUUUACGAGUUAAAUGUAGAUUUCAGGUAUACACUACCCAGGAUACUACAGGAAUGAUUAGAGCAUUUUUGCAAGUUAACUGUAGAUUUCAGGUAUACGCUACAGGAUACUACAGGAAUGAUUAGAGCAUUUUUACGAGUUAACUGUAGAUUUCAGGUAUACACUACCCAGGAUACUACAGGAAUGAUUAGAGCAUUUUUGCAAGUUAACUGUAGAUUUCAGGUAUACGCUACCCAGGAUACUACAGGAAUGAUUAGAGCAUUUUUACGAGUUAACUGUAGAUUUCAGGUAUACACUACCCAGGAUACUACAGGAAUGAUUAGAGCAUUUUUGCAAGUUAACUGUAGAUUUCAGGUAUACGCUACCCAGGAUACUACAAGAAUGAUUAGAGCAUUUUUUGAGUUAACUGUAGAUUUCAGGUAUACACUACCCAGGAUAUCUGCAACGCAGAUAACAAAAGCUCAGGAAAUCAGGGCGUACCCAAUCGAUGAAAAUCGAUGAUCGGAAAAGCAAUCGAUCAAUCGAUGCCAAUCGAUGCAUGUCAGUUAAUUGGCAUCGAUUGGUAUCGGCCAAUCGAUGACCAAUCGAUAAUCACACAAAAGUGUUCAUGAAUCAUCGAUUGUCAUCGAUUGGGGUUUAAUAUUUUCUCUGAUCAAAAAGAUUACUUCAAUGUAUCACAUCAAAACGAAGUUAUUUCGUACGACAUUUGGUCCAUUUGACAAUUUUAACUACGCAAUGGUUGCGUCGUACCUAGAUCCGAUGCAAAACAUUUAAUUCAUUUUUCUUAGUUUUCCAACAGGUCUCUGCCCACACGCUGAGAACAUGGAAUUGUCAGUAACAGUCAGUUCUAUCCAGAAUUCUGAGAAUUACACCGAGCUGAAAUCGCGUGUGACGUAGAACAGCGUACAACAGAGUCAAAAUACAACAAUCAACUCAACUAUGUGUUGCUUUGGAAGUUUUAAAUCAUAACAUAACUGUAAUUAAACACAGUAAAACAUGAAUAAAAUAAAUUCACAAAUGAUUACGCAUGUUCUGUAUUUUAUCUGAGUUUAUUCAUUCUAAGCUCAGCGUCAGCUGCAUCACACAUUAGUUUAAUCUGGUUUAAUCAGUAGCCUCUGUCAGCGCGUACUGCCCCGGUGUAUAAGACUUGGCUCUUUCCAGGCGGCGGUGAUUUUGAAACCAGGUGGAUACCUGUAGAAGAAAAAAACAAUAUGUUUUAGUUAUUAUGAAAUUGUUCCCAUUAUUAGCAUAAAUCCUACUUUUUUCAGUCUUUUUUUUUACACUCUGCGCAACAGUGACCCUGACCGCAACAAUAGUCACUGGCAUAAUGCAAGCGCGCACAGAAACAAAAAAAAAAACGGUCCUGAUCGAGAAAGUUAUAGCGGCAAGGGAAAAAGCAAACAAUAUGACAUGUACAGCCUCUGCUACAAGCACAGUUGCUACUGGUCACGAAAGCACUAUAAGCCACAGUUUGGACACUUCUGCUGAGUCUCUCACUGCAAAAGCGAGUACCUGCUCUUCUUCUUCCACUUCUUCGCGGUUUUGUCAUGCACGUAAAAUUGUACAGCCUUCAACGUUUAUCUAUUAUUUUGAUGAAAAAAAAGAAAGAGUGAUCCACCUGUUACUGCUUUUACUGUUUAUGAUUGAUCUGAUCAAUGCGUACAUGGCAAACGCGAUUUACCUUUACGUCAUUAACACACUGAUGUCAAUUCAAGCAACUUUAAUUUUCGAGGAACUAACUUGUCUGUUUUCCGUACUGCUUGCACUGUUGCUGUUGUUGUUGACCUGUUUUAUGUUUGCGCAAGUAAAUGUAAACUGCUUUUGUGGCGACAGUUGCAGUCUAAUAGACAUGGGUUCUACUGUUUAUGCCGAGGGCUACUAAUGUGCCACUGAUAGGUGUGAGGUACUUUUUUUGAAAGCGUUAUAAAACUAUUAAUAUCGUUAUAGUUUGAAAGUGAAUUCCUGUAAACUGGACUUCAAAGUUGCAAACAGUUGACACUUUUGGCCACCCCGUUCAAAAUUUAUACGGCCCGUUUACACAGGCGAUUUUGGUGCAAUUUAUGUCGCGAUUUCCACUGCGUAUUUUCUCGCGAUCGUGCUGCAACGAGUUGAUUUUUAUCACUAGCUAGAAUGUCUACGAAACGUGGUAAAUGCGUAAACACGUCUUACAAAAAAGAUGAUUUCGUUUUUCGUCGUAAGGUCACAACGCCUUGUGAUAACAGGUAGAAUUUGAGUUGCAGCGCGACCGAGACAACAAUGACCAAAAAUCGCAACCGAAACCACGACAACACAAAAAUCGCCUCUGUAAGUAAACUGUAAGUGUUUUCACGUUAUGUGCUAGUUGUUUGGGGUUCAAAGUUCAAGUUUAUUGGUUUUUUUAAUAAAAUCAGAUUGUUGUAACUUUCAUCGAGCACAAACCAGAGGAAAGGACGGGAAAUGCGAAAAGACAACUUUAUUCAGUUAAGCAGAGUUAAGCUGAUUAUCUGUCAAGUUGUAAAAAAAACUCGAUCUUCUGCCAAUGUCCUCCACGAUGUCAUUGUUUUCGUCAUUAAAAUGCAUCAAGAGACUGUGCCUUUGGAAAUCUUGACUGAAAAUAAAACCUAUCAACAAUAAUAACCAAUAGAUGAAAAUUGGUAAAAAAUCGAUGCCAAUUAAUCGAUUGAUAUUGAUAAUCGAUGACAAUCGAUGCCAAUUAAUCGAUUGAUAUCGGCAAUCGAUGACAAUCGAUGCCAAUCGAUGACAAUCGAUAAUCACACACACCUGGACGAUCGAUUGUUCAUCGAUUAUCAAUAUCAAUCGAUUAAUUGGCAUCGAUUGUCAUCGAAUGCCAUCGAUUCCCAUCGAUCAUCGAUUUCAUCGAUUGGGUACGCCCUGAGGAAAUGACCCAGCGAGGCUGCUUGUCUGCGAAAUUUUUUUGAGAAAAAAGCUGACUCUCUCGAGUGUUGAACUAGAACAGAAUAAUCCAGAAUUAUAAUUUUAAACAUCAAUUGCUACUGAUAUAAUUAUUAAGUUUUCUUACCUGUCUGGAGUCUCUUCCACUGAUGUCAAUGAUCUGGGCGCCAAACAAACGCGCGCGGUACAUAUUUCCCGCCACAAAUAAUUAAAAGCACUUUCAUGAGACGGUGAUCAAAAUGCAAAAGCAAAAUAGGAAAGCCGGUACCAAAUUGCUAGAGGCUAGCGAUCGUUUGUUGGGCGACGUGUGAUAGAGUGAAACAGACAAAAUAUCGAGAAAUCUGGACAGAAUCUUUUUGUAAUACAUUAUCAAAAAUUAUGUGAAAUACAUCAUCAGAGAACACGUGCGAAAAAAAUAAUUUCGGCUCGAUAUUUUUUCGCGGUAUUUUUCAUCGACAAAAAACCGAAACAUUAAAAAUCACGACUUACCAUCAAUUACUCGGCUAAGCAAAGCUAAACUUACCAAAGUCGAUAACCAAGUAAGGACUUCGUACAGAAAUAAUUUGCCACUCUCGUUUAGCAGUGUAGUGGUCGAACUUGACGUAGGUUAAAACGGAUUCGUUUUGCCGGCAUCUUCCCGUUAAAUUAAAGUAGAUUUAACACUUGCCAGGAGUAAUUAGAAAUCUAGCCAUUUUGCUCAUAGCUUCGCAAAUGCAGCCAGCGUUAUGCAGUAAAGCGACAGAAACUUUAGCGAAAUAUUCACACGCGACAGUCGCGACAACCUCAGUAAAUCUAACAAAUGAAACAAGAUGCUGAGAGAAAAAAAGGGCUUCAUUGAUUGUUUCCGGCAGGCGGUGACAAGUAAUGUACGAGAUUAGAAGACCUCCUGGUCAGAAUUUUUUUUGUAGCCUAAGCCCGUCAUGUGAAUGAACGCCCCACCCCUUUUCUAGAGUUCUGGUGCUGCAGAUGGUAAGUGAUGCAUUUCUAGCUUGGCAAAACGUGUCCAAAUUCCGGGCCAAUACUACCGAAUUAUAAUAAUUUUGAGGUUCUAAUUGAGGACCGCCCCUCCUACACUCACAUGGUGUGUAUGAGCGCCACCCCCCACCCUUCUUCUCAAGUUCUGGUUUUGCAGAUGAUAAGUAAUGCAUUUCUAGCCUGUCAAAACGUGCCGAAAUUCCAGGCUACUGCUAUUACAAUAAUUUUUAGGUUAUAAAGGAUCGAUAUUGUUCGGACUUUCUUGCCACCCUGCUAUUUUCCAUCCCUCAGUUCCCAUAUUGCAAAAGUAGCGACUAACGAACUUCACCACAGGUUUUUGGUGAAAUUCGCAAAUUUUGGCAAAGAAUUAAAAAACACGCUCUUUCGACAUGUCCAGGUACGUGAUACACCAAGACGAAGGUUCAUCUCACCGAUCAAACUUUCGUAAUUUUGCCUGAGCGAAAUGUCGCGAAGAGGAUUCGAGCCAACUUAAUAGACUGAAAUGGGUGACAGAAAUACAUAAUGUGUUAUACCUUUUCAAGGAUAAAGGCUCCUAAAACUCUUUAUUGUCUGUUUACUUUAUUGUCUUCUUAAUACAGUACCCUUAAAAUCGAACGAAGUAUUAAUUUACCAAUAAAAGUGUAUUGCGACAUGCACCAGUUUAUGUAAAAAAGAAGCUUCUAUCUAGCUUCGGCAAGUGGUAAAAAAGACAAAAACAGAUAAAUUUGGAGUUUUGCUCCAUAAAGUUAUAAAAGAACAUAUCUUAAUUACUAAUUUUUUUUCCCCGAUCUAUUGCUUGUAAUUGCAAAUCUUUUAAAAUUAACAUCUCCCACAGGCCGACACCUCAGCUUCGGUGAGCUUGCAGCCACAUAAUACUCUCUCCUGAGCGGACGAACCACGCUUGCUAUGAGUAUAGCUGUAUCUUUUACCAAAAUAAGUGCACGUAAAUAAUAAUGCAAUAAUAUAGUAUGCAUACUAAUAAUAAUGAUGAUGAUGAUGAUGAUGAUGAUAAUAAUAAUAUAAUAAAAAUAAUAAUGAUAAUAAUAAUAAUGAUAAUGAUAAUAAUAAAGAAGACAUAGAAACUGAUUUCGUUUUUGAUAAAUGAUGAACGUUACUGAGAAACUCGAUCGAAUUUGUUUUAUGAGAAUAUGAUAUUUACUGUUUUUAAUUAUUAAUAAUAAUCAUCAUCAUCAUCACCGUCAUCAUGACAGGGACAAGGACAAUGUCGCUAACUUAUCUUAGAAAAGUUUUUUUUCAUUUCUUUUAGCUUCUGGUUCUGGCCGGUAUCAAUACGACUCAAAAGCCUUCUUAUUUUCGCUGGUAAACAAGCCAGGAUGGGCGCCUGUCAAAUUGUCUCAGUCAGGGAAAUAUAGUUCUCGCAAAUGGUCCAUAUACUUUCUCUCAUCCUAUGGGCCUACAUUCGGAGGAGGACAUGACAUUAGCAUCAAAAACUACGCGUCAUCUAAUAGCAAUUCUUACAGCAACCUUGGCUCUACUUACAGCCCACCGAGCGGGUACAGCUACCAAAGCACCUUCGCACGGACAUUCCUGGCGGGAACUUACAUGUUCACACCAGACGAAGUUGAAACCUUUUACGAAACAACCUAA